GCAAACGAAGAUGAUAUUUACAGUUCCUCUAUGGUAGUUGACCGGACAGGUAUAUCAGAUGAGCAUGCUGAUGAUGAUACGUUCGAUGCCAGUAUUAAUAUUGGAAUUGGAAUGAAUUGUUCCCGAAACGGUGUUUAUUACGAAGAAGGCGUUGGAAUAUACGAUGAUGAUAUUCCCUGUAAAAUGUAUAUUUGUGAAUUUGGUUCGAUGAAGCCAUACUAUUCUAUGUGUUACAUGGAUGGUAAAUGUUACGAUGCAGGCCAAACAUGGGUAUCUGAUUGUGUGCAAUAUACAUGCAUAUUGACUAACCGUGGCUUCAUGUCACAAGUAUCAGGAAAACUGUGCAAAUUAGAACGACGAAAAGGUGGAACAAAGUGUUUAAAAGAUGGCGAGUCCGGACGGACCGCUCCAUGUGUUAAACGGCAAUGCAAAGUCACCAAGAUGAACGAUGAUUUCAUUACAGAACUAUCCCUACAUCCGGAAUUUGGCGGUUGUGGAUAUGCAAAAGGUUGUAGAGCGCUAAAUGAGAAAUGGGAGUAUAGAUGUGUCACUAAGCAAUGUAUUACUGACGGAUGGAACUUCAUUAAAAUAUCUUUGUCACCAAGGUGUAUACGCUUUGGUAAGUGUUAUGGUAAUGGACAAUCAAUUACUACAAAAAGAUGUGUGACAAGAACCUGUCGGGUAAAUGAACUUUUUCAGAAAGCAUGGUUUGAAGAAACAGAGAGAGGAUGCAAGUUUGGAGGUAAAUGUCUAGAAGAAGGAGAAACAGCAGUCAGAAGGUGCAUAGAAUUCACUUGUACCAGAAAAGUGGUUCAAAAUAAUAAGAUAAGAAUGGUCAUGAAGAAAACGAACAAAAAUGUUUGUGGUGGAAAAAACCCAGAUAACUACUGAUCAACAACUUUGUCACGGAAUGGAAACAGAACAUUAGUGUACGACAAUAUUCUUCUGAUUUGUUUUAAUAUCACGAAGGAUGCAUGUUUAUUUUUUGUGUGCAAAAUUUUACAAAUAAUGUUAGGACGAUAAUAAUAAUGGACGACAUCGAAGCUUCAACUGAGAGAUAUUCAAUUGACA